AUCAGAACCGCGAGUACGAAACUGCAACGUAAUCUAUCUGUUUGGAUCACAACUGUUUUAUCAAUCAAGGUUUCCUGAGGUGUUCGUCGGGGGUAUAAUAUCGAUAUACGUACAAUACUGCGAUAUAAGAGGAUACGCGUGAUGUCGAUUGCGGAGAAAGUUGAGAUCACAUUGCUAGCAUCUUAUUGUCAAUUCUCUUUCGUUUCGUUGAUUUCAAGUUGACAUUUUCAUUUCGAUAUCGUUCCUUGUUUCUUUAUGAUAUUUCAUUCUAAUAUUGUGCAGUGAACAGAAAGAACAAAAUGAAUAACGAAGGCCAUCGAAAUCCAGCAUUCGCCAUGGACGAAACGGGGAAAACGAAAUCACACGACGGCUCAAGGGAAUCAAUCGUUAGAUGUCCGGAAACUGUGAAAGAAACGGAAGCAAGAAGCACAUGGGACAACCAAAUAGAGUUCUUAAUGUCCUGUAUCGCGAUAUCGAUAGGUUUCGGUAAUAUUUGGAGGUUCCCUUUCACUGCCUAUGAAAAUGGCGGUGGUGUUUUCUUAAUACCUUACAUCAUCGUUCUUUUCGUCGUUGGCAAACCAUUUUAUUACCUGGAGGUGAUCCUUGGACAGUUCUCUUCGUCCUCGUCGAUCAAAGUUUGGAAUAUUUCGCCUGCGUUUGCUGGUGUUGGAUGGUCGCAAUUCUGCUCGAACGUGGCAGUGAUGACAUAUUACAGCUCAUUGAUGGCUCUUACGCUCUUCUUUUUAAUUGCGUCAUUCUCAGCUGAAUUACCCUGGGCGAGGUGCAGAGAAGAAUGGGCUGAUUAUUGCGUCGAUUCCAGCCAAAAGAUCGAUAGUGAAUCGGUCAAUGUUAGCAUGCUUACUAAAUUAUUAUAUGAGAAGGAACGCAGAAGUUCCGCGGAACUCUACUUUCUGAAAGUGGUUCUCCAAGAGAAGGAUAGUAUCGACGAUGGAGUUGGACUGCCGGAUUGGAAAUUAACGUUAUGUCUGCUUUUUAGCUGGCUUUGUGUUAUCCUAAUAACGUUCCAGGGUGUGAAAAGUUCAGGAAAAGCUUCGUAUUUUCUAGCUAUUUUCCCAUAUAUUAUCUUAUUGAGCCUUAUGAUCAGAGCAGUGACCCUGGAAGGCGCUGGAACUGGGAUUCUUUUCUUUCUUACUCCGAAAUGGUCGAAACUUUUAGAGCCAAGCGUUUGGUAUGCGGCUGUGACACAAUGUUUCUUCUCUCUUUCCGUCUGCUUCGGUGCUAUUAUUACCUAUUCGUCGCACAACGACUUCAAACAUAACGUAUACAGAGACGCACUCAUAGUAACUAGUCUCGACACUUUAACGAGUUUUAUAGCGGGGUGCACGAUCUUUGGGAUUUUGGGAAAUCUGGCUCAUGAAAUGGGUAUGGAGGAUAUCGACAAUGUAGUGAAAUCUGGAGCUGGCCUGGCGUUCAUCUCUUACCCUGAUGCCAUUGCAAAAUUCACCUUUGUACCUCAAUUCUUCGCGGUUCUGUUUUUCGUGAUGAUGUUUGUCCUCGGCGUGGGAAGUAUCGUAGGGAUGGUGUCAGGAGUAGUAACUUGCUUGAAAGAAAAGCUUCCAAACAUGGAGAUCUGGAAAAUCGUGCUUUCCGUCUGUUCAAUGGGAUUCGCUGUUAGCACAGUUUACGUUACUCCGGGUGGACAGUUUGUAUUGACUUUGGUCGAUUACUAUGGUACAUCGUUCGUCGUGUUCAUCUUGGCUUCUUUUGAAAUCACUGCCGUAACAUGGGUAUACGGUAUUGAAAAUUUCCUAGACGACAUCGAAUUUAUGCUGGACAGAAAAACAAGUAGUUACUGGAGGAUUUGCUGGUUCCUCUUGACACCAUUAAUUUUGAUACUGAUUUUUUUUUACACUGUCGUCACUCUUUCUCCCUUGACUUACGGCGGCACAGGAUAUCCUGCUACGGCUCACGCGGCUGGUAUAGUCAUAUUUUGCUUCAGCAUUCUUCAAAUACCAUUCUGGAUGAUCGUGGAGAUACUGAAGAACAGAAACUUGCCAUUAUCAAAGAAUUUAAGGAAAUCUUUUCUGUCAACAUCGAAAUGGGGACCGAUAGAAACCAAUUACAGGAAAGCUUGGCUUCGCUUCAAAGAAGAGAAACUAAAAGAGAGAAACGCCAGGACAGAGCCAAGAUGGCUUCAAUUGAUAUACACUUUAAUUUGUAAGAACGACAGAAAAGAUUAGGUAGUGAUACGAGAUCUCCAUAGAAACUCCACUGAGUACAAUUUUAUACUUGCGACGUGUUUCCGCGUUUAUAUAAGAAAUUUCAAUAUGCAACAAUGUAAAGAAUGUAAAAAAAUUAUAUAAGUUAUCCAGGGUUGAGUGUUCGUUAUAAGAUUUAAUAAACGGACAAGAAUUUCUUUAGUUAUGCUAGUUCAUAGGAAUGUAAAUUUGCAUGAACAUCUACAGUCUAAUUGUUAUAUAUAUUUUAUGCUAUUUCUCUGCUUCUUUUGACUCUUAAGUCUGCAAGGAUUACUGAAGCAAGAUAAAAAUUUAGUAUUUAUUUGUAUAAGAACUUAAUAUUUAUAAUACAUAAUGUGUUCGUUGAACCAACGAGAUCUCGUUAUUUUCAUCGAUACGAUCGUUAACAAAGAAGAUACGGAGAAAUCGUGUGCUGACUAUUAAUCCUCUCCGACCAACAAAGCUACGAUUCUCCACCUUUUCUUCUCCAAAUUCAUCCUCGCUAUCCUCUUUGAGUCCUUGAAUUCCUUCCAUUCCUUGAAUUUUACAGGAUCCUUAGGUCCCCAAUCGGCGCUCGGUUUAAAUAUCUACGAGGAGAAUAUAGAAAUAAAAGAAAUAUUCCAAUUUUUCGUAA